AUUCUAUAUGACAGCAACUUCCAAGCACAAGUUAUCGUCGCGGCGUUUCCCGUCAAUAUUGUCGAACGAAUAAACGAUUAAAGCCAAUAACUACGGGAUUAGGAUCAGUUAUAACUCACCGGAUCCGGUACUCUACACUUGGCACUUCGACUGUCACCAUACAAUAUACCACCAUAUCCAUACGUCUCUUGGACUCUACACUCAUAAGUCUCCAGACGACAACGGAUAAGAAGUAGCAUUAUGGAUCCACAAGACUAUUCUGACAGCAGUGAUGAAAAUGAUUCAGAUUAUAAACCACCAGGUGAAGAUGAAAAUUUAUCAGAAGUUGAUUCAGAUGAUCCAAUCGAAGAUGAUGAGGAUAGUGUCAAUACAUCUGUUAAAAAAUCAAAGAGAACUAAUAAGAAAUCAACAACUAAGACAAGAAAAAAAUCACUAAAGAAAUCUAAAAAAAUAGUUAUUGAUGACGAAACUGUUGAAAAAACAAAAGAAGAAGUAAAUACUCUUCUUAAUUCCUCUGAAGAUGAUAAAAAACGUUUAGAUGCUUUGUGGGAAGAAUUUCAACGACCUAUUCAGAAAAAAUCUUCCAAUACACCUAUGACAAGCGAAAAUAAAUCUAAAUCAAAGGAAUCCAUAAAAGUUUUAGAUAAACUAGAAACAACCAAAAAAAGGAACUUUGAAGAGUUAUUUGACUGUCCUGACUCAUCUAAAAAAGUGAAGAAUAAUGAUGACAAUACUACAGCACCAAAGUCUUCAGAUACUAAAAGUAUGGUAACCCCUAUUGCUACAAAAUCAUCAGGUGGCUUAGCAAAUAUAUUGAGUCAAAUAGGGAAAAAAAGUAAAUUGUCAGUUUUAGAAAAAUCUAAACAAGAUUGGGAUGGUUACAAAAAAAAAGAAGGAAUUGUUGAAGAAUUAGUCACAUACAACAAAGGAAAAGAUGGGUACUUAGAAAAACAAGACUUUUUAGAACGGACAGAUUUACGACAAUUUGAAUUAGAAAAAUCGAUGAGAGCUGCAAAUAGAUCACACAGAAAUUAGAUAUGGCAUCAUUAGCUUAUAUUUUAUCAAUAAUUCCUAAUAUUUAAGUAAUUGGUUUUAAAUUUUUUAUUUGUAUUAAAUUUAAAUUAAUAUACUUUUUUUUAUCUUACAAAAUAAAUAAAUAAUAUUUAAUCUUGUAUAACACUGGGUAGUUAAAAAUGCAACAUCUGUAUUUAUAAAUUUAUUUAAAUUAUACAAACAGCUGAAUAAAAAAAAUAAAACUAGAGAAUAUACAAUACACAAUUGAUACAAAAUAAAUGGCUUGUGAUAAA